UCGCCUGUUCCCUACCUUCUAGACUCACAUCAUGGCCGCCGCAGUGCGUCAGCAUCGAAUGCCCGAGGAUCCCAGUCAGCCUCCUGCCUCGCCAGCGCCAGAUCCCGUGGUCGUCACCGUUCCGACCCAGACGUCACCCUCCCGGCUCCAACGCGUCAUCGGUCGGAAAUCAGCUAUUCCGGGAAUUGAGGAAUUUCGGGGGAUCCCAUAUGGCACAGUACCAGCGAGGUGGCAGCAUGCGGUGCUCCGUGAUCGACUGCCCCAGGAUGUCUUCGAUGCCACUCGGAACGGCCCGCGCUGUCCUCAACCACAGGAGCCCAACAACAGCGAUGAAUUCCAGUCUUACCUAGAAUUCCCGGCUGAUGUUGCGGAAUCCGAAUUUGACUGCCUCAACCUCUUCAUCACCAGACCGAGUGCUGCGGCCCUUGCGGCAGCUGGUUUCGAUGCUCACUCCAUUAAGCUACCCGUCUAUGUCUAUGUUCAUGGCGGGGCUUAUAGCUUCGGUGCUGGCACGGAUCCUAUGUGGGAUCCGGCUCGACUUGUCAAGAAAUCGGUCGCGAUGAAGACCCCGAUGAUUGUAGCCACCAUCAAUUAUCGCCUAAAUAUGUUCGGAUUUGCGGGUUCGUCGGAGAUCAUUCAAGCCCAACCAGAAGGUCAACCAAAGGGUUGUAAUUUUGGACUGAGUGAUCAGCGAACCGCCAUCCUCUGGGUGCGCCAGAACAUCGGGGCCUUUGGGGGCGAUGCUACCCGAAUCACUGUUGGCGGGCAGUCCGCGGGCGGAAGCUCGUCUCAUGCACACAUUUUGGAAGCAAUCCUGGGGAAAGGCGAGCCCUUAGUCCAGCGCGGAAUCAUCCAGUCCGGCGCUGUGGGGGUGCUCGGGCCCAUCUCUAUGGCAGUCGCUGACACGCGAUGGGAGGGUUUCUGUCGCCAGGCAGGAGCCCCGGCAGGUGACGCUUCAUCCCGCGUCGCGUUUAUGACCACCAUCGCCGCGGCAGAUAUCUUGCGAGCAGCCGGCCAGUUGGGCUCAAUUGUCUGCCCUCUCGUGGUUGACGACCUUACCAUCUCACAAAAGUCGAACGGUCGCUGGAGCAUUCAUCUUGGUGGCGACGAGACGAUAUCCCCGCGGGAUACUCACUCUCGAGAUUCUGGAGUCAUACAAGUCUUGAUUGGUGAUACAGAUGUCGAGGGUGUCUUACACCUAGGCGAGGUGGGCAAGAUUAGAGAUCUCCAACACCUUAAAGAACGCUUAGCGGACGAGGUAACAUCGACGGAAUUUCUAGACGGGGUUUAUCAAGCCUAUGGUCUCCAACCAGAUGUGCCCCUGUCAGACCUGCACAGAGGAGUACUCCAGUUGUUGACAGAUAUACAGUUUGGAUAUCCAGUGCAGUGUGCAAGGGAAGAAUUGAUGGGCUGGGAGGCAUCCAAAUCCAAGGAUCCAGAAAGCACGGGUCACCGUACAGCGGUGCACUCAUACCGCAUGAGCGUGGGCAACCCAUUUCCAGGGCCCAGGUAUGGACUGGCACAGCAUUGUGUGGAUUUGAUUUAUAUUUAUGACUGCUUUGCGGAUGCGUUACGGAUUGCAGACAAGGCCCUGGCUGCCGGCGCCGUGACCAAUGCCGACCUGGUCGAGCGCAUCCAAGAGGAUUGGGUCCGAUUCAUCGCGGCCCCAUCGAUCAGUAGCCAGGCCGGCCAUGCAAUUGUCUAUGGGAGCGACAGGACUGCAUCGACAGUGAAUAUGGAAUCGGAUCAAGCUUGGACGGAGAGAUUGCGCAGAUUCGAUCUGCUGGAGAAACACUGGCAUUCUGCACAACAAGCCAUAAAGGCAUUGGCUGGUUCUGGGCAUGUUUUCUAGAUCUAUAAUAGCGAGUUC